UAAUUGGAUGACGAUGAGAUAAAUCAGUAGGAGCUUUCUUGUUUUGUUUGGAAAUGUGCGGCUAUUUGUCGAGAUGAUAUUUAAAAAUUUUAGUAGAUUUUCUAAUAUUGGAGCCAGGUUUGUUAAGGAACCGGAAUUCUGGAAAGUAAAUUCCAAAACUCUUCGCUUAUUAACUUAUUCUAGAAAAUAUAGCAACUCAGCCGAAAUGGAAAACCCUCCUUGGAGAGAAGCAUCGAGUCUUAUCAUAGCAUCUCGUCUAUCCCUACAUGAUGUUGUAGCUAAAGGAAAGAACCUAUCAACUUUAAUGAACUCUAAAGCAUGGAAUUACACCACUCGACCUAACACUUCUGAUUAUCGCAUAUUGAUGGUUAAGAGAAGUGGAUUGAGCUCGUUUAUGGCCAAUGCUUAUGUAUUUCCAGGUGGUUUGGUUGAGGUUGCUGACUAUUCCCCUCUAUGGUGGUCAGUAUUCAACAAACUAGGAAUUACCAGAGACGAAUUGAUGGCGUUCUGCUCUAAUAUUCAAGGUAUUAGGCCCCCCAUGGUCACAACCCCUAUAACUUUAAAAUCCAAAGGUGCCUUGCCUAAUGAGGACUAUCUCCCUGCUGACAUAGCUUUGCGUGUAGCAGCUCUGAGGGAAACAUUCGAAGAGACAGGAAUUUUACUUUUGACAAAUCCAUCACUUGAAACAACUCAAGAGGCUACCACACAUACUCUUCUUUCUCAGAACAUUGAUAUUCAAACAUGGCAGAAAAGAGUUCAUGAUGAUCCAUAUGCAUUUUUAGAUUUAUGUUUAGAAUGCCACAUGUGCCCUGAUAUCUGGUCUUUAUAUGAAUGGUCAGAUUGGCUCACUCCUACCUCUGUGGGUCAUCGACGUUAUGAUACCAUGUUUUACUUGUGUUGCUUGCCUCGUCAGCCAGAUGUCUUACUUGAUCAGGGAGAAGUUACUAUCAUGAAGUGGGUUACACCUGAUGAAAUGUUAACUAAUCAUUUUACCAAUUCCAUUUUCCUUGCACCACCACAAGUGUAUGAGCUUUCUCGCAUGAUACCAUUACAAUCUUACCAUGAACUUAAGAAUUUUGCAAAAAAGAGAGAAACUCAAGGUUGUGAGCGAUGGAUGCCUGUCAUUUCAACUGCUGUAGAUGGUGCAAUAUCCUACUUACCAGGUGAUGAUUUGUAUCCCAAAGAACCUGACUUUGAAGGAAUUCAAAAGCCUAUCGAAUUCAAUCAUUGCUUAGAUGAGUUAAGAGCAAGCUCAAAGAAUCUCCAUCGCUUGGAAAUUCGAGGUCCACAGUGCACUGCAUACUGUAACAUCACUCCUUCAUGUGGUCACUUGCAACCUCUUACUUAUAAGCUAAAUCAACCUAUUGUGCAAUCUUUCUUGUAAUUAUUUACUAUGUAUUUGUAUAUAUUUUGUAAGAUAUUUCAGAUACUAACUAUAUCUGUUUUAUACUUUUUUCCUUAGAAUUAGUGUUAUGUUUUGUAAUAUAUAUAUUGGUUGCUUAUUUA